AUGGACCAGACAGCUGCCAAAAAGAAGCUGCAAGAGCUGGUGAAGCGGGACGACCUUGGUAACCGUGUAUGUGUCGACUGUGGGAGCCCCAAUCCGCAGUGGGCCUCGUUGAGCUUUGCAGUGUUCAUGUGUCUGCAGUGUGCAGGCAUGCAUCGCGGUUUUGGGGUUCAUAUAACGUUCGUGCGGUCGCUGUCGAUGGAUACGUGGCAGGACGACCAGCUCAGGCGCAUGCAACUCGGCGGAAACGGUCCGUUUCGCGAAUUCAUGCGGGGCUACAGACCGGUGGAACAGGGUGGCUACAGCGAAUCGCAGAGUAUACAUGAUACCUAUCACUGCUGGGCAGCCACUCAGUAUCGACAAAAACUUGAUUACGAGUUAAUGGAUAAGGAAUGGUCGCCGUCCCCCCCACCAGAGCCCGCCUCGCCCGCCCUACGCAAGUCACGCAGGGCCGCCUCGUCUUCCCCAGCGCCUACCCCGCCCGUCCUCGACCAGAAACAGGCAAACGAAAUCUACUUUUCUUCUUUAGGCCAGGCCAAUGCCAACCGUCCCGACCACCUCCCUCCAUCCCAAGGCGGACGAUACCAGGGUUUCGGGAGCACCCCCCCACAGAAUACACCCUCCACCACCGUCCAAGAUAACCCAAUGGCUGCCCUCAGUAAAGGAUGGUCGUUUCUCUCUUCUGCAGUCAUCGGCGCGUCCAAAGUCGUCAACGAGAACGUCAUCCAGCCGGGUAUGGAAAAGGUGUCGGAUCCAGAGCUCCAGAGGAACGUCAAGGGCUACUUGGAGGGGGCAAAGAAGGGUGCUGUCAGUGUCGGCAGCUCUGCAAACGCGUGGGGCAAGACUCAGUUUGGGGUCGAUGUCGCAGGCAGUGUCGGCGAGGUCGUAGGCAAGCUAGGUGGUGGACCAGCAAGGGAAGGCUAUGGUGCUGUACCAACCGGGUGGGAAGGUGAGGGCCGGGGCUUGUAUGCUGAGGCAGAUGACGAAGCCCCGGCUCCUCCGCCAAAGAAGCCGGGCGAUGGCUGGGACGACGACUGGAAGGAAUUUUAG